UGGCCCGAACCGGCAGCGACGCGCGCUCGGCGGUGGCCCCGGCGCCUGGGGCUGGCGGGAGAAGGAGGCCGCGGCGGCUUACGCGGGGAUGUCGAGGAGCUCGAAGGUGGUGCUGGGCCUCUCGGUGCUGCUGACGGCGGCCACGGUCGCUGGCGUGCACCUGAAGCAGCGGCAGGACCUGCAGAGGCUUCGUGACGGAGUGAUCAGAGAUAUUGAGAGGCAAAAUCGAAAAAAAGAAAACAUUCGUCUUUUGGGAGAACAGAUUAUUUUGACUGAGCAACUUGAAGCAGAACGAGAGAAGAUGUUAUUGGAAAAAGGAUCUCAAAAAACAUGAC